UCUCGGAGCGUUAGAAUAACACUCACAGACAUGGGAAACCCCAGAGUUUUCUUUGACAUCACUAUUGAUGGAGCAAACGCCGGAAGGAUCAUAAUGCAGCUCCGGGCCGAUGUGGUGCCAAAAACUGCAGAAAACUUCCGAGCGUUGUGCACCGGAGAGAAAGGAUUCGGCUACAAAGGCUCCACGUUCCACCGAGUCAUCCCCAAGUUCAUGUGUCAGGGCGGAGACUUCACCAACCACAACGGGACCGGAGGAAAAUCCAUCUACGGGGAGAAGUUUGCCGAUGAGAACUUCCAGCUGAAGCACACGGGCCUCGGCACGCUGUCCAUGGCCAACGCCGGGCCCAACACCAACGGGUCCCAGUUCUUCAUCUGCACCGACAAAACCGACUGGCUGGACAAGAAGCACGUGGUGUUUGGCAACGUGGUGGAGGGCGCCGACGUUGUCAAGGCGAUGGAGAAGCAAGGCACAAAAAGCGGCACUCCUAAAGCCAAGGUCGUCAUCGCCGACUGUGGAGAACUGAAAUAAGUUCAGAUGUAAUCUUUAUUAUUAAUGUUUGAGAUGUUUAUCUGCAGCAUCACUUGGAAAAACAACUUUCUCCUCUAAAAAAAUGUUUGUUUCCUGUGAUAAUAAUUGUUGUGUGAUGUUUUGUACCUUCUAUAACCUGUUCUUUGACGACCACCUUUCUGAAUAAAAUGAUGCUGAUGGUGUAAAUAAACUUGAAA